AUGAGUCAACACGUUAGAGCUUCAAGCCAAGAUGCUAGGAUUCAUCUAAGUGAAAUGCGAGGUUCUUCAACUUCACCACGCCCAGCUAUGGUAUCUAGGCCUAAUUAUGAUGAUGACUACGAUAUUGGUGGUGAUGGCGUUGGUGAAGAAGACGAUUUCUUAGAUGUAUACGAUUUGACACCACGUCAGAGAUUAGUUCGUCAUUUCAAAAAAACUCUCUUCAAGCUGAUGAAUCACUAUGCAUUUUUACCAGUUUGGCAGAAAGUCGCGGUUAUCAUUGGUGGGUUAUGUGCAUUAGUCUUGGGUAUACUGUUGCUUGUCUUCCAUACACCUAUGUUACAUUGGCUGGUACAUACAUCAAACGAAUUGAAAUCUCAGAAGAAGACUGCCUUCAUAUUGAUUUUACUCAUCUUUUGCGUUUCUUUCCCACCAUUAAUCGGAUUCUCCUUUUUGAGCACAUCUACAGGUUUAAUCUAUGGUGUAUCGUUUGAGGGUUGGAUGAUUCUAGUAGCAGGUUCUGUAUUUGGAUCAAUUGCAUCCUUUGCAGUUUUCCAGACUUUACUCAGGUCAAGAGCUGAACAAUUAGUGCAUGCAAGUCCUCGCUUUGAGGCGUUUGCUGCAAUUUUACAGGAGAAUCAUAGCUAUUGGAUCUUAGCAUUGCUAAGACUAUGCCCAUUUCCCUAUUCCUUAACUAAUGGUGCUGUUGCGGCUGUACACGGAUUGUCAUUACGCAAUUUUGCCAUUGCCCAAGUCAUUGCCUCACCUAAAUUAUUUGCAUACCUGUUUGUCGGUUCUCGUAUUAAAAAUAUUGGUGAAUCGAAUUCUACAGGUUCCAAACUAUUUGAUUUGAUAAGUAUUCUUGUCACCGGUGUGGUCUUGACGAUUACCGCUUGGAUACUUUAUUUCAAAACCAGAAACAAGUAUAUGGAGAUUCAACGACUACAGCAGCAUCAGGAUCAUCAAAGUCACCGCAGCGUGUCUCCGGAUGUAGAGUUCGAUAUUUAA